GGUGCCAUAUCUUAAAUCUUAACAUUUAUCGUUCAUUUAUUCAGUAAAGCUUUUUUUAUAAGCGUCCUUGUAUGGAUCCACUUUUAUUUUUCGACUUUUACUUUGGCUUUCUGUGAAAUGUUUGUCAGACACAUGAAAACUGUGAUCAACAAAUGUUUUAAAACAGAAGAAUAUUUAUAAAAAGAAUAUGAAGAGUUCGAGAGCUAAGUCAGCAAAGUGAAUAGCUAAAAUAGCAUGCUCUUAUCGUGGCUUGGAUAAAGAUGUUUUGAAUAGUGAGGAUAUUAAACUGAGGGCAGCAGAUACAUUUAAUAAUUAUUUUCAUUAUUCAAGUGAUGCCUACUUCUGGAUACAUAACAUAAUGUCUGCUUAUAACAAUGAUUGUCGUAUAGUUGUUUAAAUCAUUAAGGGAAAAUGUCUGGACAAUCCUGCUCUAAAAAUGAUAUUAAUAAAAAAUAUAAUGAUUCGUUAAAAUGCAAUGAAACAAACAGUCAAAAUCAUGAUGAAAACAUAUGCAGACACAAGACUGAGGAAAAUAAGUCGAUUAUUGGAGAUACAAUUGAUAACACAGAAAAAGAGAAGAAAAAAUAUACUCAAGAAAAUGAGAUAGCAGACAAUACAUGUAUCGAUGAAAAUAAGAACAAUGUAUUGCAUGCAUCGAAAAUUCAAAAUAUGAUGAAAAAAAUGGGAUAUAAGCCAGGAAAAGGUCUUGGAAAAAAUGAUCAAGGUCGUGUCGAACCGAUAGAAACUGUUAUUCAACGUGGUCGAAAAGGAUUGGGACAUUAUAUACACAAAGCUAAAAGAAAAAAGUCGAAUAGUGGAGAUGCAAUUGAUAAUAUAAAAGAAGAAAAUAACAUUCAAGAAAUUGAGACAGCAAACAAUGCAUGUAUUGAUGAAAAAAGUAAUAUGUUACAUACAUUAAAAAUUCAAAAUAUGAUGAAGAAAAUGGGAUAUAAACCAGGAAAAGGUCUUGGAAAAAAUGAUCAAGGUCGUGUAGAACCAGUGGAAGCAAUUACUCCACAUGGUCGAAGAGGUUUAGGAUUCAUUACAUCCCAAAUUUCAAAGAAAAAAGUUGCCAUUAUCAAGAAGGCUCCAAUUUCACCUUCUUCUUUUCUUUCUUCUCCUCCUUUAAAAAAUUGAGAAGUGUCUAUUUCAUUUUUUAUGUAUGAAGUAUAAGAAAAAGAGCAGUUGAAUGAAAAUAUCUUUUUUUUUUCUUUUUUUUUUUUGAGAGGAUUAGCACGAUUAUUAAGCACAGUCUAAUUUUUAUAAAAUCUCACCAGGUAAUUCUGUGCAAGCUCUCAAUCAGGGAAGUGUGGAAUUUGGCUGGGAUCGAACUCUAAUCUGAUUAUUAGGUGACUGCAAUAUUCUAUGCAUACUAUUAUUAGAAUAGAAAUCAAGAGAAAAUAUUGGAAUAUAAAAAUUGUCUAUAGAUUUAUCUUAGAAUAGCUCUUUCUUUUUAAAAAACUCGAGUGUAUAUUAAUUUUAUUUUGCAGAAGGAAGGUACACGCAAGUGUGAUAAAAGUAAAAACAUAUUUAAUAUGUAUAGUCUUAGAGUAUCUAAAAAAAAUAUGCUACAUGAAAAAACAUCCGAUAU